AUGCCUGCUUCAGCUAUUGUUAAUGAAAUUAAUUCAAAAAAAUCUAGAAAAAACAAAAAAUUAAACGAUAAAGAGGUUGAAUCUCAACUUGAUGAAUCUGAUGGUAACAAUGUAGUUAAGGUAAAAAAACAAUCUAAAUCUAAAGAUAAGAAAGAUAGAAAAGAGAAUGAUGAAGACUCUCACAAGAAAAAUUCUAAAAAUUCUGAUUCUCCAACAAAAUCAAAGCGUAAAAAACAUGGUGAGGAUGAACAAGAAGAUUUUGAUGGAAAGCUUGAAACCUCAGUGAAGCCGCCAAAAUCAAAGAAACGUAAAUUAAGUGAAAAAGAUUUAGCUUCGGUCAUAAUUAAUAACGAUCAAGAUGUUGAAACAAAAGAUUCCGAUAAAGAUUCUUUGGAAUCAAAUGGAAAAGAAAUUUCUGAAAAUUUGAGAUUAAGUUCUUAUAGGUUAACGCAAACAACUAUUGAUUCGUUAAAAAAACGUGGGGUCGAAGCAUUAUUUCCUAUACAAGCUGCAACUUUUGAUUUGAUUUAUGAUGGAAAAGAUGUUUUGGCUAGAGCAAAAACAGGAACAGGUAAAACUUUGGCGUUCGGUUUGCCAAUUACCGAAAUUCUUUUGAUUCAAAACCAGAAGGAUAGCUUUUCCAGUAAAUUUCGUGGACGUUCUCCAAGGGUGAUAAUUAUGACACCAACUCGUGAUUUAGCAAAACAAGUUUCUUCAGAAUUUGCAUCUAUCGCUCCCUCUUUGAAAGUCCUUUGUAUCUAUGGAGGUGUAUCUUAUGAUAUCCAAAAUCAGGGAUUACGUGAUGGAAUUGAUGUUUUGGUGGGAACACCAGGUCGAGUCUUGGAUCAUAUUGAUCGUGGAAAUUUAAAAUUGGGUGACUUAAAAUUCAUUUGUUUGGAUGAAGCUGAUCAAAUGUUAGAUAUUGGAUUUGCUGAAGCUAUGGAAACUGUUUUGCAACACGUAAAAAGUCAUAAAGAAGAACAAGGAAAGGGCGUUGAUUAUCAAACACUUUUGUUUUCUGCUACGGUUCCUGACUGGGUUAGAACAACUGUAAAGAAGUAUUUAAAAAGUGAUUAUGCUAAUGUGGACUUAAUUGGAAAUGUUGACGCAAGAACUAACGAAAAUAUUUGUCAUUAUGGAAUCCGUUCUUCUUGGGCUUCCAGAAAAGACAUUAUUGGGGAUGUUGUUGCUUGUUAUGCCGGAUCUGGAUCGUGCGUUAUUUUUUGUAACACGAAAAAUGAUGCAAACGAACUUGCACUUAAUGAUAAGCUGAAGCAAGAUGCACAAGUCUUGCAUGGUGAUAUUGCUCAAUCGCAGAGAGAAACCACUUUGAAAGGUUUUAGGAAUGGAAAAUUUAAAUGCAUAAUUUGUACUGAUGUAUUGGCUAGAGGUAUUGAUAUUCCUCAAGUUGAUUUGGUCAUCAAUUGUGAACCACCCAAAGACGUUGAAAGUUAUGUACACCGUGCAGGAAGAACAGCCAGAGCAGGGCGCCUAGGAAAAGCUGUAACAUUCUUUAAACCGCAGGAAGAAUAUUUGUUACAAAUCAUCGAAAAACGUGCAAGAAUACAGUUUCAAAUGGUUGGACCUCCACAGCCACAGGAUAUCAUUGCCGCUACAGCAAAUGAUGCAGUAAAAAAUUUAGAAUCUGUAGAAUCUAGUGUUUUACCAUAUUUUCAUUCUACUGCAAAAGAUUUAAUUGAAAAGCAAGGAGCAAUUGAGGCGUUAAGUGCAGCAUUGGCUUUUAUGAGUGGAUAUUCUGGUGGGAUAAAGAAAAGAAGUUUAAUGAGCGCUACUGAAGGAAAUACAACUUUAUUAUUUAAGUUUAGUUAUCCUAUUAGACAUGGAAGUUAUGUUAAAAGUAUUUUCAAAAAUCAUUUUUCUAAUAUACCAGAAAAUGAUGUUAGAGCUUUUAAAUUAACAAAAGAUAAUGAAGGUGUUGUAUGUGACAUUGUUUCUGAUCAUCUAAGUGUAAGUGAAGAUGGAGUUAUUAGUUUGGGUGGAAGACCAUGGUAUAAUACUAAUACUACUACUUUGGAAGUUCCUAAAGAAUUACCUGAAUUGCAAGAAAAUAAAAGUGAUAAUGGAAGAAAUGGAUGGGGAAGAAAUGGUGGUAAUAACAAUGGAGGGAAUUUCAGAAAUGGAUAUGGAGGAAAUAGAAAUGGAGGAUUUAAUGGUAACUAUAAAAAUGGUAGAGGAAAUGGUUAUGGAGGAAAAUCCAAUGGAAAUCGGGGAAACGGUUAUGGUUAUGGAAGAAACUCUUUUUAG